GAUAUAUUUACUGGGCUGUCUAUAAUCCAACCAUUAAAAAGUCAAAAAAAAUUUAGCCAACCUCAAAUAUCAAUUAAAAAAUAAAUACCCACCCCUAAACGUUACAAAAGGAUACCAUUCAGUUGUCACAUAUGCCUUUACCGUUUCUGUCAUAUGGGUUUGACAACUGCUAGCGCUUGUUCAAUUUUCUGUAGUCUCAUCUUGUCUGCACAUGUACUUUCUUUGGAAAUACCAUUUGCCUCCUGACAAAUUGGAAAAUGAUCAAGAUUGUGACUCUGAUUGAUUUAUAUAUUGUAUUGACAUAUGCAUAUGACUGUUGACAUUGCAUGCUUUUCAAUCUUCAAUAUUUGAAUACACUUUAGAAUACCCAACCUUUUACUCACUCAAAAUUUUGUUUACCCAACCCUUUUCUCUUCGAUGCCAUAAAUAAUGACCAGUCCCUAGAAAGUCCCUUAUAACAGCUCUGUUAAAUUUUAAUUAUGAUUUACAUUUUUCACAGAAAGAUGUUUAAUCACUUGGCAUUAACUCUAGUUCUAGCAGGUAAACUGUCAAGAUUGCCUGGACUAGUAAAGGUUUUCUGCCUUUUAGUUUAGGUGAACUAAGCUAGCUUCAUACCUCAAACACGUCAUGUGCCGAGUCACAUGAAUAUAGUUGCACUUGAAACGUGCCUAAUAUACAUUUCGACUUUUAUUGUUUAGGAUUGAUUGCUGUGACGACGGCACAGUCAAAAGGACAGCGCAAACCAUCGCGAUCGUGUAAAAAUGGUGGAGUGAUUGUUGGCCAGAAACUUUCUCCAAAUUGCCGUUGCAGCUCCGGCUUCAAGGGGAAUGACUGCAGUCAGAGAGGCAAGCGGUUUAAUUGAGAUACCAGAGAUCAAUGAUGUCAAUGAUAGAAUGAAUGAAUGAUUGAGUACUGAGUAUUGAGUAUUGGUCCAUAAAAGAACUGUGGCGUGCUGACAAGGGGCAGAGGGCCAUGCCCCCAUGGGUCACAGUAUCGAGUGACUUUAUUUUUGUCUCUAGUGACUCCUUGUGAAGCAAGUCCUUGUAGAAAUGGAGGAACAUGUUCAGAAAACAGAGAUGGAACAUUUACAUGUAAUUGUAUAGCUUCAUACAAUGGCAUCCUGUGUGAACAUCGAAGUGAGUUACUCAUUUGCUAUAAUUAAGUUUUCUCUCUAACACUGAGACCUGGUGCAUGAACUUAAAAUGAAACUGUUUACAUAUAAGACCUGAUUAGGUCUGUACAUGCUGGGAUCUGAGUUUCAGGCGUGCAGCAUCUUUUAGUUGGUAUGAAAGUAUAGUUUCAGGUUAGUGGUCUAAUAUAGACUUAUAGGUUAGUUUCAGGUCAGUCCAAACCAUUUCAGUCCUCAUGCAAGACAAACAGCUUUAGGUGGGCUUUUAGUCUAGUAUAAGUUUCUAUAUUUACGAAGCCGAUUAGGACCAUAACAGAAUAUUUUCCUUCAAGUUCGACCAUGUGACAGUGGACCCUGUAAAAAUGGAGGCAAGUGUACUGAUGAUGGAAUAAAAUGUUUCGAAUGUGAAUGUCUUUCCGGUUUCAAAGGACCCGACUGUUCCAAAAUUGGUAAGGCUCAGCAGGGACCAUGCAGCAAUUUUGCGACUGGGGGUGAGACUGGUGUUGAGAUGAAGUAACCUUCCUAGGAGGUCUAGGGCACCUCUCCCCCCCGAACAUUUUAAAACUACAAGCCCAGAAAGUGAAUUUCCAGCUAUUUCCCACAGUAAUUUUGUUUAAAGUAACCAAUGUGAAACACAUAUGUUUAAAUAAAAACUUGGUGAAAAUUUUUGCCCAUGAUUAUCGUAUUGUAAAAGACUGACUAAGUCCAGUGUCACUUGGCUUUGAAAAUUACGUACAUGCAAACUACGACACUGCAGAAGCCCAAAACACUUUCACCUUUCAAAACUGUUGGUUAAACCAAUGGCAGUUUUACGUAAGAAUGGAGAAAUAUAUUUCAACCUUGAUAUUAUAGCCAGCUGAGUACGCAACUUUUUGGUAUUUAUUAUAAUGUACCAAUUUCCCAAACCAAGUACGAAAGGGCACAUCAGUAUCAUAAAUAUUAACGUUGGGCUGAAGCCCCCCCCCCUGCCUAUACGUGGUCCCUGCUAGUUAGAGGAGGGGGUGUACCAGCAUACCUAUAUGUUCGGACAGUUCGGUUAUGUUGGUUGGAUACCAAUAUAUUUAAAACUUCUGUCCAUGUUAAAAACUGUAACCCCCAGUUGUAAAGAAAACCUCCAGUUUGAAAGGAUCAUGAUUGCUAUAGGAAGUUUCAUUGAUGACCAUUUUGAAAAUUAAAACUUUCACAUUAAUUUUUACAAAUUCGUCGAAACACAUGCUGUACGUACUGUGUAAAAGAAGCACUGAAAAAAACAAAUCAGUAAUGCUAAUUUAUGCAGAUACAGACGAAAUUGAAAGGUCAUAAUUCAGAACAGCGCUAUUAAUAUUAUAUAGUAGCCUAUAUAGGCCUAAUGCUGUAUAGUAUAAUCAUAUAAAGAGAUAAUUCCUAAGUGCGCUCUUGUUUUGAAUAUUAUUAGUUCAACCAUGUGAAACUAAACCUUGUAAUAACAAUGGUGUUUGUGAGAAUAAAAAAGGAGGAAAAUUCACAUGCAAGUGUAAGAAAGGAUUUGGAGGAACAUUGUGCGAUACGAGAGGUAGGUCAUUUUGUCGUGUGUGUUGAAGAUUACCACAAACUGACACAAACUAACACAUAUUUUUACCCAGUCUCCACUCGAAAUCUGACGUCCUUGUUGACAAGAUAGUCGUUCGCUUAAACCCAUCCACUCAUUAUCCAACGAUCAAAAUGCUUUAUUCUUCCAGAAUUAGCUAUUUGAGUACACAUGAAACAAGUAAACAACUACAAUUCAAGGCUGAUUUAUUGAAGUAAUCCUACUGUAUGCAUGCACAAGUUAUAGCCAUUUACGAAAAUUCGGUGUUGGGCCAUUCUUAUAAAUAAAAACAUAUUAUAAAUAAAAAAAACACCUGAAAAUGGAUCAGAAGAUAAUCUAAAGUAGCAUUUAAGUAAUAUUUUAAAACAAAGACGAAAUUUCACAUCGAAUUGAGUUUACUGAUUAAUAUCUUGAAUUUACAAGAUGACGUUCAUGCAUUAUUCGUUACAGACGGUCUAUAUACCUCAAAAAUUUUAAAUCAGCAGCAAAACUACAUUGUUCAGUUAGAGAAAUGGCUUGGUGGCAUAACGUCGUGGAAGUUGUGUUACAGUGCUACGGAUAAUGUUAAUGGUUGGUUAGCAUCUACCUUCCAUCGGCUGUGUGAUUAUAAAAAUCCUACUGUCACCAUCAUCCGUUCUGGAUCCUACAUCUUUGGCGCAUACAGCGAUGUUGCUUUUGGAGGUUAGUUUAUACUUAAUAUUUACUCCAAUGAAAACGGUGAAAAACCUUUCAGUCAAUUAACCAAUUUUAAUUAUGAUAGCAUAAUUUUGUAAAUUCUGAACGCUGAUUGGCUAAGAGCCGUGUUGAUGUAACUCAAUGUUUAUACGGAAAAUUUCUUUCUUUAUAUUUCUUUGUGCUAUAUUAUAAAGUAAGUAUAAAACAUUUUUCCGUAUUGACAUACAGUUAUAUCAACACUUGUGGAAAUUGGGAAAACUCGAAAUUGUGUGAAAACACUCCGCCCUUCGGGCGUCGUGUUUCCACACAAUUUCUCGUUUUCCCAAUUCCCACUCGUGUUCAGAUAUAACUGUAUAUCAACACGAAAAAUGUUUUAUAUUUGUUAAAUAUUAAAUUCCUAACUCGAAAAGAUAACACUCACUCAGUCUGAAUGAGAGCUCAGUAUUUCAGCGCGGUCUAUCAAUAUCCCAUAAACUGCAUGUCUUAUAAGAUUUAUUAGCAUUCUUUCUCUCUCUAUAUAUAUACCGGGUGUCCCCCACGUACACUGUUUGAUUUCAUGUGACGUAAAAGCUAUAAAAGCUAUUGCAAUAAAAUAAAGAUCACUGCAGUCAGAAAGGACUAACUUAGAUUUUGAUAUAUAGUACUUGAAUUUACAUGCAAUAUUGACUGCGCUAUUGAUGUUUGAAUGUUGAACUACUGCUUUUGAAAAUAAAUUAUACCUAUUAAUAAUAAAUAUUUUUAUUCAACGGUUCAAACGUCAAUAGACUCAAUACCGCAAUCAAUAUUGCAUGUAAAUUCAAGUGUUGCAUAUCAAAAUGUAAGUUAGUCCUUUCUGAAUGCAAUGAUCUUUAUUAUUUCAUUGUGAUAGCUUUUAUGUACUAUUUAAAGCACGCGUAGGAGUGUGUUUUAUAUGUGAUAAAACACGACUACAAGUGCUUUAAAUAGUACUUCAAAAACGACUCGUCUUAUACGAGUUCAUUGGCGAAGUAAUUUUUAAAAUAAACUUUGUCUAAACCGAGAAAAUCGAAGCUAAAGUUUAUGUAAAUUAACAUGAUUUUUUAUCACAUAUAAAACCACGACACACUUAUGAUUUUUCUUUGUGUUUUACUCCUGAAUUAUUAAUGAGUUUUUGAAAGCUUUUAUAUACGUUACAUGAAAUGAAACAGUGUCCACUGUCCAGAUUUUUUUUUUGGGGGGGGGGACACCCGGUAGCACAGACUAAUGAAGCAUUCAACAAAUAAUAAAUAAAGUGGAAUUAGUGUUCUCUAUAUAGAGCAUACUAAUAAAAUUUUGACCAUGAAAUAUAUAGAGCAUACUAAUCAGUUAAAUUAACUUACUGCUAGUGUUAAUUUAUAAAAACAUAUGACAAAAAAUACUUCCCAAAAAUAUACUGAAAGAAUUAAAGAAAUAAUUCUUCGUGGAUGUGAUCAUGUUCUUCUAAUGUUCUUCUUCUUCUCAUGUAAUUUUUGGAAGUCUAUAACUGAGCAGGAGCGAAACCAUCGGGGUGUGUGUGUGUGUGUGUGGGGGGGGGGGUGACACUCCCAGCACAGAAUACUACACAGAAGACCAUCUCCAUUGUUUUUUUGCGUAAGCUCUAUUCGCCAUGAUUUGUCAUUCAGCAUGCAAGUACCGUAAACAGAAGCAGUCCCCCCAUGGAAAUACUAAAAAUUGCGCACGUCCAGGGGGGCGACUGCUUCUGUUUACGGUACUUGCUGAGUGACGAAUCAUGACGAAUAACCAUAGAUAUCUUAUAUACACUAGAUAGCGCAUCUCUCUUCGUAAAAUUGAAGCCAAGAAUAUUCCAGCGGUUACCCCCAAUUGAAUAGAUGGCGGCCAUGUUGGUCGUUCCCACUCGCUAAUAAACACUUAAAAACAACAAUAACUUUCAUCAUUUGAAUACUUUAAAAAUGUAUUUGGAAUAGGGUUAACUUAAUAUUUAAGUUCCCUGCUUAAGAAAUAGGAAAUAUACGAAUCUUCUCAUUUCAUGGGAACGACCUGAGACUGCAAUCACGGCUUCAAUUUUUGAAUUGCAGAAUAAUUAGAUGAACUAUCUAGUGUAUAUCAGAUAUCUAUGCGAAUAACGCUUACGCAAAAAGCAAUGGAGAUGGACUUCUGUGUAGUAUUCUGUGCCCCCAGUCUCUAUUAGACUGAUCUCAUCGGAGUAUAUCCAUACUAUUUUCUCGGGCAAAUUUUAAAAAACCUGAUUUACAGUUAAUGAAAAGUGGGCAGAAAGAUUGCAUGAGAGAAAAACGCCUGCUAUACCUUUAUUCUAUUCGCUAUGUGAGCAUGCAUGAACGGCUUCAAAACGCGACUGAAAACGGGUUAAUUAACUGCACAACAUGAAGUAUUUCCAGUUAUAACUCCGGCAACAACAGUUUCGACUUUCGCCCGUCGGGCACGACUUCGGGCACGCACAUUUCGCCACUUCCACUGAACACACGUGAUCACUGUCUAUAUUGUACAUAGUUCAUAUAUUUCAAUACAUUUCAGUUUAACUUUUUUUUUCUCGUGUUACUUUAGGUUCGACUGCAAGUUACAGAAGUAGUUUCAAUGCAUUUAUCUUCUCCCUCGUGAAUAAAAGGGAGCUUUAGAUUUGACUACGAGUACGACUACGAGUACGAGAUUUGAUCGCGUGCGAGGAAAUUACCGUAGUCGUUUUCGUUUCCAUUCAAAUGUUGCUUUUAUAACAGUAAACCAACAACUAGAGAAAAAGUUU